AGAGAGAGAGAGAGAGAGAGAGAGAGAGAGAGCAGAAUGCCAGUGUGACUCCUGGUGAAAAGAAAGGGUUAAAUCUCUCUCUUUUAGUGUGGUGAGUGUGUGUUCUCCUCAACAGCUGCUUUGCAUCUAGAGCCCAGAGAACGAGAGGAUAGUGGGAUUGAUGUGGAGCGUUCUGAACAGGAACACUUUAGAUUCCGGACUCCUGUCACUCCUCAGUGACAUCAUGUGUGUUCUGGUUCCUAGCUCUAUGGUCCUUGUGUGCCAGAGGGUGCAGCCCACUGGGAGGACGACAAUGUCCCCUCAUCUGCAACCCAGACACCUCCUGCCUCUUCUUCUCCAUGUCAUUCUACUCUGCCUUCAUGCAACUGCCUGGCCCCACGAUUCCAGAGGUGUGGUGGAUGACAAGUGUCCCAGCUCAGAGUGGAACCACAUGUGUAGGGACUGUUGUGAGUACCAGCUGAUCCAGUGUAGAUGUCCUUCCCAGGGGGCACGGGUGGGCUACUCCGUCCCCUGCUGCCGCAACCAACUGGACCAGUGUGACCCCUGCAUCAUCCACCCUGGCUGCAGUCUGUUUGAGAACUGUAAAACCUGUCACAAUGGGACGUGGGAGGCCAAGGAUGAUUUCUUCAUCCGAGGAAGAUUCUGUACGGACUGUCGUCAGGGCUGGGCAGGUGGAGACUGCAAGACAUGUGGAGGGGUGAUUCGUAGAGCCCAGGGCCACAUCAUGCUGGAGAGUUACCCCAUCAAUGCGCACUGUGAGUGGAGGGUGCAGGUAGAGAAAGGGGAGAACGUGGAGCUCAGGUUCUCCAUGCUUAGUCUAGAGCCUGACCACAACUGUCACUAUGACUACGUGGAGCUGCGAGAUGGUGACAGCCUGAGCGCCCCCGUCAUUGGCCGGUUUUGUGGGAAUGAGCUGCCUCCACCAAUCAGAACCUCUGGAAGCAGGCUGCACGUCCUGUUUGUCUCAGAUGGCUACAACAACUUUGAUGGCUUCUUCGCCACUUUUCAGCAGAGCUCAGCGUGCAGCCCCUCCCCUUGUCAGCACCAUGGAACCUGUUUGCUGAACCCAGUACAGUCUUUUCGCUGUGCAUGUCUGCCAGGCUACACAGGUCAACUGUGUGAGAAUGUUGCUAGGAGUCAGGUGUGUGUGUUGCCAGCGAGGCCCGUGAACGGGGAGCUCCUCUCUGUGUACGGCCUGGAGGAUGAGCUCCUGGCUGUUCAGUACCUGUGCCACCCACCCUACACACUGACUGGCACCCCCCAGAGGACCUGUCUGCCCAACGCCACCUGGAGUGGCACGGUGCCCAUCUGUGGGAAGGUAGAUAAAGAGCCCAUUCGACCCAGUCAGAGCCCGUUCGACCCAGUUAGAGGGGUGCAGACCCAGUCAGAGCCCGUUCGACCCAGUCAGAGGGGUGCAGACCCAGUCAGAGGGCUCGGGGUGUGUCCUUCUCCAGCCAGGCUGCACCAUGGCUACCUCCAGCUGGUCCGGGGCUCUGGAGGAGGUCCUGACACAGUGGACUACUUCUGUAACCCCUCCUACAUCCUGAGUGGCGGCUCCCGGAGCACCUGUCUCCCAGAUGGCUCGUGGAGUGGCCGGCAACCACUGUGUGUGAGAGCCUGUCGAGAGCCUAAGGUAUCUGAGCUGGUGAGACACAAAGUUGUGAAGCCAAAGGCCCCAUCCAGGAAUAGUCCAGUCCACAGGCUUCACACCUCAUCCACCCAUACGGUCUAUGACAGUCACCCCCCUGGCAUGGACCCACCCUCCUCAGGGAACCUCCCCAACACCCAAGACCCUGUCCUGAGGGAAUUACCCCGUGGUUUCCACCAGCUGUCCACUAGCAUAGAGUAUGAGUGUGCCUCCUCUCUCUACCAACACUACGGUAGCCCCCGGCGCUCCUGUCUGAAGACUGGCAGGUGGAGCGGGCAUCAUGUCUCCUGCUCGCCAGUGUGUGGUCAACUCCCAGCAGGCUUCAGCCCUCAGAACCUCACUGAGAUUGGAUGGCCCUGGCAUGCAGCCAUCUACCUCCGCUCCCACAUCAUCCGCAGAGCUGGCUCUGGCCUACAGACGGCACCAGAGGAGGCCUCCUCUCCCUGGCAGCUGGCGUGCAGUGGAGCACUAGUCACCCAGCUCAGUGUGCUGGUGGCAGCUCACUGCCUGGUGGUGGCAGGAGUGGGCAAGCCGCAGUGGGUAGAUCCAGCCAACAUUAAAGUGGUGAUGGGAAUGCACAGCCCGGGCCAGAUGAGGACACUGAAACAACUGCAGGUUUCCUCUGUCCUGGUCCAUCCCAGCUUUGAUCCUGUGACACUGGACUCGGACCUGGCCGUUCUGAAGCUACGGGACAAGGCCAAGAUCAGUGAACGUGUGCUGCCCGUGUGUCUCCCCAAAAUGCAAGGUGGGGAGGUGACCGCCACACAGGGCUAUGCCACAGGCUGGCUCCUUGCAUCUGACUCAAGGUCCAGUUCCAAACCCAGCCUAGACGCCGAGACAGCCCAGACUGGAGUAGUCGAGCUGGGGGAUGUCGUUCAGUGCGAGAGGCAGUUUGCUCAGAGCGGGGCCCCUGUCACCAUCACUGACAAUAUGCUGUGUGCAAUGCGCCACCCUCUCAAUCCCACCAAGCCUUGUCCCACUGUCAGUGCAGGCAUUACAAUCAUACCAUCUCCUGCCACUAAGCCAUCAUCGGGUCCUUCGGCGGGACAGGGGGAUGAUAGUGUUGUCUGGGAGCUUCUGGCAUUAGAAAGUUUUGGUUAUGAGAAAUGGAACUGUGGCCCAGGGCUUUACACAGUCCAUACCCGGAUAAACAACUUCAAAGACUGGAUACAGAAAAACAUGAAGUAGAUCUCUGAUUUGACUCCAGUCUCAGCCACUCUGUCACCAUCAUUGACAGCCUGUGUUAUUUUUCUAACAACUCACUUACUCACUGUUGCCAGUUCCCUGAAACAGAUAAGGUCUAAGUGCUUGGCAGUGUAUUCGGCUGAGCCAAUUGGAGACUUCCUAAGACGAGAUGUGGGGAGGACAGUCAUCCCUGGCAUUAUUUACUAUGAUGUAUAUUUACCACUAAUUACUAUUAUGUACACUGAACAAAAAUAUAAACGCAACAUGUAAAGUGUUGGUUCCAUGUUUCAUGAGCUGAAAUAAAAGAUCCCAGAAAAUGCUU